AUGUCCCGCCGCCAAGAGGUGCUACUGGCUGUCGUGGCCGCCCUGUCCGUGCUCCUGGGAGCGCCGGCGGGGGCUGCGCCGACGACCGCCGGCUCCGGGAACGCCGUGAACCAGUUCCCGGAGGGCUUCCUCUUUGGCGCCUCCUCCGCAGCUUAUCAGAUUGAGGGCGGUUGGAACGCUGACGGGAAGGGCGAAAGCAUAUGGGACAGGCUGCUUCACACUUUCCCGAAUCUAACAACUGACGGCAGAAAUGGAGACGUUGCUGCCGACUCCUAUCACAAGUACAAGGAAGAUGUGGAGGCCUUAGCCAGCAUAGGGGCGAACUUCUACCGAUUCUCCAUCUCCUGGCCGAGGAUCCUGCCAACAGGUGACACCAACGUUAUCAACCAGGCUGGAAUUGACUACUACAACAACUUGAUCAACGCCCUCUUAGAGAAGGGCAUACAACCGCUGGUCACCAUAUACCACUGGGAUCUACCAUUUGAGCUACAGAAACUGGGUGGAUGGACGAAUCCAAGAAUCGCAGAAUACUACGUCCAGUACGCGAAAGUUCUCUUCGAAAACUUCGGUGACAGGGUGAAGCUGUGGAUCACGAUAAACGAACCGGACAUGUUCACCAAGGGCUACGCGACAUGGGGCCAGCAGGCGCCCAGCGUGAACGCGUCGGGCAUCGGCGACUACCAGGCCGGCCACACCGUGCUGCUGGCGCACGCCGGCGCCUGGCACCUCUACGACAAGCACUUCCGGCCCACACAGAAAGGCAAAAUCGGCAUCACGCUGAACAUUGAUUGGUCGGAGCCCGCCACGGAUUCUGCUGACGACGCAGAGGCGGCCGAAAGGUCACUACAAUUUACGGGCGGCCUGUUUGCACACCCUAUUUUCUCGUCGGAAGGAGACUACCCUUCAGUGGUGCGGCUGCGAGUGGAUGCCAACAGCAAGGCCGAGGGCAGAGGGGUGUCCAGGCUGCCUUCCUUCACCCCUAGUGAAGUCGAGUACAUCAGAGGAACAUCUGACUUUUUCGGGCUGAAUCACUACACAAGCUGGUACGUGGCUGACGGAGUCGAGGGCACAGUUCCCUCCAAGACGUAUGACUCAGGAACCAUCACCACCCCCAUGACAGAGUAUCCACUAACGUAUUCUGUUUGGCUCAGGAUGAUUCCGUCUGGUAUCCGUAAGAUAGUCAACUGGGUGUCGAAGACAUACCCGGGUCACCCAAUCCUCAUCACAGAGAACGGCUGCAGUGACGAUGGAUCUACUCUAGAUGACCAGCAGCGCAUCGAAUACUACACGGGCUACCUCAGCGAAGUGGUAAAGGCCAUUAACGUGGACGGAGUGGACGUGAUCGGCUACAGCGCUUGGUCCAUCAUCGAUAACCUCGAGUGGAUGGCCGGAUACACGAAUCACUUUGGUGUCUUCCGCGUGGAUUAUGACGACCCAGACCGUCCCAGGACCGCUAAAGCAUCAGCAAGUGUCCUGAAGAAGAUCUACGAAUCUAACUCGGUGCCGCUGGAAUAUUUCACCCCUGAUUCCUCUAGCACUUAACUUCCUCGUUCCAUAUAUUGUACAUAGAUAAAUAAA